AAUUUGUAUUUAAGGGGAUGCGUUGCUGUUGAAACUCAAACCAGCUAUUUACCAGUGACGAACGUUGAUAGAAAAGCAAUGAUGAUGAAGAUCACUCUGAUUCUUUUUGCUGUCGUUGUUGCGGCCACUGCAACGCCGUUCCUCCAACUGAGUGAUGACGACGGCAUGGGUGACGUUGACGUGGAAAUCUCGGUGAGAGGAGGGCAGAAGACGUUGACGUAUAAAACUCCCAACGGCAACGUCCUUGACGUCACCCACGUUUUAAAGAACGAGGGGGUCAUCGUCAAUAUUCCCGGAGAGAAUGAAGUGUGCAACGUCAGACAACUUCAUCAGACCAUCAAUGACGUGGAAGAGAGUUUGACUUGUUCAGAACGAGUAGCGAUGACCGAUAAAGAGCUGUCACCGAGGCUUGCCGAGAUUUGCCGAGGAAAGGCGGUGUUUGCCGUGAAAUUCGCGCCAUGUCAGCCCCGAACAAGUCAGCCCCGAGUUCGUCGAGAUAUUGCCUGCCUGCGACUUUGCUGGCUCUGUUCUGACGAACACAUAUGCUGUGGAGUCCGCUGUGUAUGGACUGAUUAAGGGAUCCUGAUGGGCUGAAGUUUGGGAGAGUCUGACUUACUCUCCGGUACAGCCGUGAUAAAGGAUCAAGUGCCAAGCUUAACUAUCCGAAUAUUUUUUGCCGUCUGUAUAUGUUCUGUGCUAAUAUUGCUAAAAGCGUCUGUUAUAUUUUGUUUUUGUAAUAACUGCCAGUGUUAAAUCAUCAAACUGAUAUCAAGGCUUUGAUUUUCAACUCUAUUAAUUAAACAUUAGAAAUGAAAUCCAAAUAUUAAAAUAUUCAGCCGAUAACUGUAUAGUGACUGGAAUAUGUGAUAUUUAUUUUGAAUAUGCUUAUUCAUAUGCAUGUUUAUUUGGCUAC